AUGGGGUUGCCCGAGGACUCCAGGCUACGGGAGUCGUUGACUAAGAAGCCUCCUGAAGGCAUGAGGCAGCUAAUGAUACGCAUUGAGGAAUAUAAACGAUUAGAGGAUGACCAGCUGCAAAGUAAAGGCAAAGCACCGAUGAUGAAUCGUCCCCGGCAAAGUGGUUUUCCGUUCAGAUCCCAGAGGGGCUUGACGAUUCAAGAACCGGCAGCACAAAUGGGAGAAGUGAAUGUGACAUUUAAGGAACCGGUACACAGGAUUCUUGACCGGAUCAAACACGAGCCGUAUUUUCGAUGGCCGAACAAGAUGGGAGGGGACCCAUCCAAGAGGAAUCAAAAUUUAUACUGUACCUAUCACCAGGACAAAGGUUACACUACCGAACAGUGCCGGGUGUUGAAGGAUCACCUCGGGCAAUUAGUUAAGGCCAGGUAUCUAAAGGAAUUCGUGUUGGACUCGAGGGAUAGAGUCGCGGGGCAAGAUACUCGACAAAGAGGAAACCCUCUCCCACCCCCUGUAGGGGUGAUUGAAGUUAUCCAUGCUACCCCGGAGGGGCUUAUUGCAGGAAGAAGGAAAGGAGUGUUUAUUGUAGUACCAAUAGAGGGUCACUCGGAUGUACAGCCGCCGGAUAAGAAAAUGAAGUUUGCACGGGAGCCUAUCGCAUUCGAUGAUGACAAUUUGGAGGGAGCAAUCCAACCACAUGAUGAUGCAUUAGUAGUCAAGUCCCGAAUAAGUGGCUUCUUAGUAAAAAGGGUAAUGGUAGACCAAGGAAGCGGAGCUAACGUAAUGUACCCAAAUCUGUUCAAGGGACUCAGACUGAGGAAAGAGGACCUUAUGAAGCACACUUCACCCUUGGUUGGGUUUGAUGGUAAGGUAGUGAUUCCUGAAGGGCAAAUUUCACUUCCCGUAAUUAUGGGGGGGAAUGAGGUGGUAGUAACAUUUACAAUAGUAGCUUCAUUUUCCCCAUAUAUGGCGAUUCUGGGAAGACUGUGGAUCCAUUCAAUGGGGGCUGUCCCGUCUACCCUGCAUGUAAAGAUCAAGUUCCCAACCGAGCAGGGUAUUGUCGUGAUAUACCAGCAAGUGGCAAGACAGUGUCUUAUUGCCGUAGUUAAUUAG